UUUUUUUAACUGUGUAUACUUUAAAUAUAGUUUAUUUGCUUACCUUGAUAUCUUUAAAGAAUGAUUAUUUUGCAAAACAACAAUGCGUAAAUAUCAUCAGUUAUUAUUGGUCGUAAUAUCUUGUAUUAGUAUAAUUGUCUUGCUUACUUACAAAAGCGAAAACACACGCUUGAAAGAUGUUCUAAGUGCAGUAAAUUUCUUUGGCCGAAAGGAUGCCGAAGAAUUGCGGUUGGUAAAUAACUUUACCGCAACGGAUGAAGACAUCAUUGACUUUAAUCGCCCGAUGCCAGUUUGGCAGCUGAUUGGAAGUUCGUUUCAUGCCUACGCUUCGUACUGGUAUCGCAACGAGCUGGUUUCUUCGGGAGGGGAAGUUUUGACACUUGUAACCGGAAAGAUUGGAGCUGUAGUAAACUUUCGUUGUAGUGCAUAUUACGACAACGAACGGAUUGUGCAAGGCAGAUUCCGUUUUCAACACAUCAACCAAGGCACAAAUAAUAAUGAUACUAUAUUUUCAAAUUAUAUAUUUUAUUGUCGCCUUAAAAGUGAUUUAGGUGAGCCUACAAGCAUUGUCUAUACCGACGUAGGUGGCGGUAGUAAUGCGGAUCACAAAUUACGUUUACGUGCUAUUAAAAAUGAAAAUCGGAGCAACGUGCCACAAACCCAAUUAGCUAUUUGUCUAGAUUUAGUCACACUUAAUAUUAGCAACAGCUUUGGUAGAAAUGAUGCGAAUUGGUUGGAGUUCUUUUUGCAUCAUUAUGUUCUAGGCAUCAACCAGUUCAUAGUUUACAACGGCGAUGAACUCUCAGAAAUGCUCCUGCAACAACUAAGGAAACAUAAGAAAUUACAAAUACAUUCGCUACCUUUUAAUUUCCCUUUUACGGACAAAAAUCAUACAUCCAAUUUGCGAGAUAUGAUUAGAACAGAUUGCCUACUGCGUUGUAUGCACAAGGCGAAAUUCUCUAUAUUGCUACAACCGAACGAAUUUUUCUUCCCUAAUGCUAAAUUGAGUGAUUAUCAUUCUGUGAUGUAUUCAUUACAUUCACAUAGCACCGACAAUACCGCAUUUGAAUUACAGACUUAUUCGGUUUGCAUUGACAAAAAAAAUAAAUUAUUAACAAAUAAUAGCUUUUACGACCCAGAAGUAGUGAAACCACACCAAAUUUAUAUUUAUAGACCUCUGGUGCCUACGUCAGCCACAAAUUCGCCGGCAGGAUCUACAAGUAGUACUGCCAUUGCACAAUCCUUAGCUUUUGCUCAUAGGUACAUUGAUUGCACCCAUGUCGGAAAGGAUGGUUUACACACAUGGCAUAACACUUUGCGUCAGAAUUUCAUGAACACCAUAAUUAGUAAUAGGUUAGAAGUAAAAGAAUUAAUGCAUAAAUAAGAUAACACUAGAAAUUCAUAAAUGUAGUUUUUUUUAUAAAGUUGCGACUUCAGUAAGUGUGUGAACGCAAACAGUACUGGACUUUUGGAAUUGUAGGACGUCAGGUCAUAUAUUAGAGCAAUGUUACUAUAUACCUUAUUUUAAAGCAAAUGUAUGCAAUAAUUUUGUUUAUUAUUUAAGAAUGAAAUAAAUACUCAAAUAAGCCAA